UCAGCUUUUAUGCAGAUAAUAUCGAAUAAUAAACUGAAGCAUGCGCUAAAAGCUUGUUUAAAAAUGUGCUUUCUUGAAUGUAUCACUUCGAAACAAACCGGUGACAGCGUUUGACGCGCUCCAACAUGGAAUUACGUGAACUCAAGAGCCCAACUACUAGCGAAACGGUUCAAGCGAAUUAUAGUAAGUUAUCUGAUCAUAUCAGGCGGCUCACACCUCAGGGGAUACAGUGUAGCGUUUUUUGUGGAGGAACGAACUGUAAAUAUGAAAAUCCGGAAAAUUGGAAAGCGGAUAGUUUGGCCCUACAGGGAAUAUAUUCACAUUGGAUAACUGAUGAUAUUCUAGCGAUGGCGCGCCCCAGCACUAUGAUUAUAGUCCAAAAGAAUAUCAUCCAACAGUUCGAAAGUUUAGGAAUAAAAUCAAUAAUUAAUUUACAAUCUCCAAGAGAGCAUGCAAGUUGUGGCCAACCUUUAGAAGAUUCCGGAUUUUCUUACGACCCUAAUAUUUUCAUGGAACAUAAUAUCUACUACUACAAUUUCGCAUGGAAAGACUACGGGGACGCCACAUUAGUAGGUUUAUUAAAUAUGGUGAAAGUGCUAGCUUUUGCCAUAACUGAAGGGCGGGUCGCUAUUCAUUGUCAUGCCGGUUUGGGGAGAACCGGGGUUCUAAUAGCCUGUUAUUUAGUUUAUUCCUUACGUGUCACAGCCAACGACGCAAUCAGAUACGUCAGGUUAAGACGACCAGGGUCUGUACAAACCAGAGGUCAGAUUUUGUGUGUGAGACACUUCGCACAGUUUGUACUUCCCCGGACUAUAACCUACUGUCUUAAAGAGAACAUCAACAAAGAUAAAUAUAUGACUGAAUUUACUCUACCGAGGUUUCUAAGGAGGCAAAAAGUAAUUCUACACGGUUACGACGAGCGGAACUUCAAAUUUCUACCAAAGAUUAUUCAUUGUGUGUGCGAACGCAUUCUAAAACUGUGUGGUUGUUGGAUCGAUGAGUUCCCUCCAUCCAACACUCCCUUUACUUUAGAUUUUCUUUUUACGAAACUAAAUGGAAAUCGCAUUCCGCGAUACGAAAGCACUUAUAGUUUGUGCAGCAAUAACUCUGACUCCUUGUAUUCUAACAGUGACGUGAAGUCACCGUCUGAAGAAACCUCUUUAGCCACGAGUCCAAAUCCUUCCGAAAAUGGUGAUCCAAGCGAUUCUUUUUCCGAACUAAGCACAUUAGAUGGUGAUGAAAUAAGUGAGGAGCUUUUGAUAGAAAAUCGAUGUUUUCAAGAGUUAGAAACACAAAAGUGUUUCAGUCAAGAGAAUGAGGAAUCGAUAGUUAUACAAGAUAUUAAUGUGGCAGUUGACAGUCUUUUGAAGGACUAUUCGAGUCUAACUAACGACACUAGGAAAAAAAUUAGGCAGUAUCAGAUUGAAAUUAACACGUCUCAAGUCGGGUGGGCGAAACUGGCGAUCGAAACUGACUUAACUGUUUUAUCUAUGCUUCUUUUUGAGUGGAUCGAAGGGUUAAAACAACCCGUUAUCAAACGGGAUAUGUUUGAGAAUAUCGUCAUCCACUACAAACAACCAGAAAUAUGCUUCCAGAAGUUUCCAGCAGAAGAAGCUUAUGUCAUCGAAUACUUGCUAAGGUUUAUUAGCAAAAUAACCCCAAUUAGUAAAGAUAGCCAAGAUGAUUUAGUAAAAAGGAUGAUUGGGGCAUGCGCACAUCAAACACUGUUAAUUCAAGGCAAAUUGAAACCGUUAGACAAAGGGUUUAAAAAACUGCGCGAUGGAACACUAGCGUGCACUAUACAAUUUUUCCAGUCUUUAUUUGAGAUGAUUGAAGUGCACCACAGCCUUAAAACAACCGUCUACUUAGAAGAAAAUCAUAUGUAUAACGAAACACACAUCGAGAGCGACUUCCAAUAAUUGAUAUUUUGGUGAAGAUGAUUACUA